CCAUUUGGGUCCGGAAAUCCUUUCAAGAGUAGUAUUCCUAACCUGACCUAAAUCAGGUGGCUGCAAUAUGUAGCCUUUAGUCAUAUGUUAUGGGUUUUUGGUCGGAGAAAGGCUGCCAUGUCUCUACUUUUUCGCUAUAACCGCUUAACUUGGAGUUAAGAUGUAAAUGUCUCAGUUUGAUUCACUGCAUAUUUUUCUUAACGAAUCAUUCGGUCGUCUUCUCUCAGCAAUGGAUCGCCGUUGGCCUUGGAAGAAAAAAUCAUCUGAUAACGCUGCCACUUUAUCUCCAGCUGCAUCCCAUGGCGAUCAGGAUUCCUUACAAAAACCAAAGUAUGUUCAAAAUUCCGUAGAAUCGUAUUCGUGUCUUACUGGCUUGGAAAAUCAAGUGAAAACAUACGAGGAACAAGUUCAGGCGUUGGAGAAUGAGAUAAAUGACUUGAAUGAAAAACUUUCUGCGGCCAAUUCAGAGAUCACUGCCAAGGAAGACCUGGUGAAACAGCACACUAAAGUUGCAGAAGAAGCUGUCUCGGGUUGGGAAAAGGCUGAAGCAGAGGCGUUGGAAUUGAAAAAUCAUCUUGAAUCUGUUACCCUUUCAAAGCUCACUGCUGAAGAUAAGGCAUCACAUUUGGAUGAUGCUCUUAAAGAGUGCAUGUGGCAAAUCCGUAAUCUGAAGGAAGAACACGAGCAGAAAUUGCAAGAUGUGGUUCUUAGCAAAAACAAGCAGUGCGAAAAGAUUAAGCUUGAGCUUGAAGCUAAGAUAGCUAAUUUAGACCAAGAGCUCCUCAAGGUUGAAGCUGACAAUGAUGCAAUUUCAAGGUCUCUGCAAGAACGUUCUAGCACGCUGAUCAAGAUUAGUGAAGAAAAGUCACGAGCUGAGGCUGAGAUCGAGCUUUUGAAGGGUAACAUUGACUCGUGUGAAAGGGAAAUAAAUUCGCUCAGGUAUGAGAUUCAUGUACUUUCCAAAGAGCUAGAAAUUCGUAAUGAAGAAAAGAAUAUGAGCAUGAGGUCCGCAGAAGCUGCAAACAAGCAGCAUAAGGAGGGUGUCAAAAAGAUAGCAAAGCUAGAAGCAGAGUGCCAAAGACUACGUGGUCUUGUGCGGAAAAAGCUGCCGGGCCCUGCUGCACUUGCCCAAAUGAAGUUAGAGGUUGAGAGUUUUGAACGGGAUUAUGGAGAUACUCGAUUCAAGAGGUCUCCUCUCCGGCAUUCUACUCCACACCUGUCCACAGUGACAGAUUUUUCCUUUGACAAUGCACAGAAAUCCCAUAAAGAGCAUGAGUGUUUUGCAGAACAUAUAUUGGCAAUGGAGGAAGAAACAAAGAUGCUGAAAGAAGCUUUGGCAAUACUUAACAGUGAACUAUUGGCUUCUAGGAAUCUGUGUGCGAAGACAUCUAGCAAGCUCCAAACUUUAGAAGCACAACUUGCCAUUAACAACCAACAAAGAAGUCCCUCAAAAGCAAUUGUUCAGAUUCCUACAGAAGUUUACUCUAGUCAAAUCGCUAGCAAUCCGCCAAGUAUGACUUCUUUGUCUGAAUAUGGAAACCAGGAUGACAUAAGCUGUUCCGAAUCGUCGGCUAUAGCUUUGAUAUCUGGAGUCUCUCAAUUUAAGAAAGAAAAUACCACUGAAAGGUCGAACAAAACUGAUAGUGCGAUGCACCUGGACCUUAUGGACGAUUUUCUUGAGAUGGAGAAGUUGGCUAGUUCUUCAAAUGAUCCAUCUGCAAAUGGUGCAAUCAUUAUUUCAGGGUGUACCAAUGAUAAGAUAUCUGAAACUGUUGAUGGUGAUGCUUCAGGAGAGAUCUCUUUCAAGGAAUAUGAAAAGCUGCAUGAUCCAUCACCACCAACAAAUCAUAUACCAGACGCAGACAAAUUGUCUGUCUCGAAGCUUCGAGCAAGGCUCUUACAGGUUCUUCAAUCAACGUCUAGAGAUGCUGAUAUGCGUAAAAUUGUGGAGGACAUCAAACGUGCUGUGCACUAUGCAAGUGAAACCCUGAAUCAGCACUAUGUUAAUGAUGUAUCUGAUGGCACAUGCAAUGGGCAGGACUAUCUCGGAGAUGGUAGCUUAACUGAAGAGAAAAAAAUUCCCUUGUCCCCAGGUGAUAAGGUGACUUUUGGUACUAUGAGUCAAGAAUUAGCUAUUGCAUUUUCUCAUAUUCAUGACUUUGUACGAUUCUUGGGAAAACAAGCGAGGGCAAUUGAUGACAUAUCUUCUGAUGGUAAGGGAUUAAACUACAAAAUUGAUGAGUUCUUGGUUACCUACGGUAAGGCCUUUAGCAGCAAAGUGUGUGUAGAUGAUUUCGUGUUUGACCUUUCUGCUGUUUUAGCCAAAGCCAGUGAACUAAGAUUUAAUGUGCUUGGCUACGAGGGUAAUGAAGUGGAAAUUAGUAGUCCUGAUUGCAUUGAUAAGGUUGCGUUACCAGAGAAAAAGGUAAACCCAAAGGAUUCAUCAGGUGGAAGCUAUCAAAAUAACAGUGCCCGCAUUUCAAAUCCAUCCAAUCCGGAGGUUCCUGAUGAUGGAAACAUGGCCUUGGAAUAUCAACCAAAACAAUCGAAUGAAUUCUCUUUUGAAGAGUUCAAGGAAUUGAAGUUGGAGAAAGAAAACAUGGCAACGGAUCUUUCUCGAUGCGCUGAAAAUCUGGAGAUGACCAAUUCUCAAUUACAUGAAACCAAGCAGCUUCUAGCAGAAGCUAAAUCUCAAUUGGUUAAUGCUGAAAGGUCAAACAGCUUGGCUGAGACACAGCUCAAGUGCAUGACGGAAUCUUAUAGAUCACUAGAAAAACGUGCAAAUGAGUUGGAGACCGAGGUGAACCUUCUCCAGGUAAAAACAGAAGCUCUGGAAAAUGAGCUUCAAGAUGAAAAGAGAUGUCAUCAUGAUGCUUUUGCCAGAUGUAAGGAGCUAGAAGAGCAAUUGCAAAGGAAAGAGAAGUGUUCUGUAUGUUCUUCAGCAGCAGAUAAUGACCUCAAGAGCAAGCAGGAGAAAGAAUUAGCUGAGAAACUAGCAGAAUGUCAAGGAACCAUAUUCCUUCUCGGCAAACAGUUGAAAGCUUUCCGUCCUCAGACGGAUGUAUUGGGAUCACCCUACGAUGAGAGAAGCCAAAAGGGUGAAAGUUUCGACAACGAUGAUACCUCUACCAGUGGCAUCAACUUUCAGGAUUUAAAUCAGAAAAAGAUGGACAGUGUUGCUGCUGCUUCUGGCAUUGGAAGCACAAACGGGGCAGAGUCCCCCGGGCAGUCAUUCAGCAGCCCAUCCGUCACGGAAGCAAGUCCUUCGAGAUCAGAACCCAGGCCUACAAUGUCAAGCCCUUCAUCUUUGUCUUCUACCCCAACUCCGGAGAAACAUUCACGAGGCUUUACCAGAUUCUUUUCCUCCAAAGGGAAGAAUAGUCAUUAAUCCUGAGAAUUAUUGGCAUAAAACUCGUUGAUCCAAGAGGUCUCUUGAUAAAUAGUUGGAGGAAUUGAAAUCGUUUCUUAGGUUCCGUGUUAUUAUUGUUCUUCUUUUAAG